AUGCAUUAUGCUCGAAGUGUAACGCCAACAAUAAGUCAACUUAUUCAUAUGGGGCUAGAGGCGGUGCUCUUUAAAUUGGCAACAAGACUUGUGCUCUUAAGAAAUUACUGUGGAAAAUCCAAAUUCAAAUCCACUCUACACUGGUUUGCAAACAGCGACGAUCAUCAUAAAGAGCUCAUCACUACGUGGUUUGAAAUAUACACCACUUAUGAUGAUGCUAUGUCAAAUGUGUUGAGAAAAUUCAAAACAGAAUACUAUGUCUCUACGAAAACAAAUUACACGUCUAAAACAGUACCAGAUCUCAGCUCUCUAUUUGCUCAAGCCCAACUGCAAAAGUCGAUUACGAAGAACGAGACAGAAUUUGGACAAUAAACAAUACAGCCAAAAAAACCAUACUGAGAUUGAAAUUGCCGUCCCAGGUAUAGUAUCAGCAGAGCAUUUACAAAAACCUGUACUGAUCAAAACCAGCUCCCUCAGACAGAUCAUUACAAUCCACCAGAAGUUACGUCUUGCGAACGCUCUGUAUGUAAACUAGUCUGCCAGUU